AUGGCCCAGAAUAGUACCUGGGGCAGGCGGUACUGUGACUUUUGUAAAAGAUAUAAUGAAAACCUAAAUGAAGAGUUUCCUUAUCGUUGCCAUAGCUGCAACUUUAACUUAUGUCUUGACUGCAUUCACCCACGCCAACAUCCUAGCCAUGAACAUCAACUUCAAGUGAUAGAUGUCUCCUCUACUUGCAACAGCUGGUCUUGUGACUUCUGCAAAUAUGACAAAACCGAAGAAAAGUAAGUUUGCGGUCAGUUGUAUAUGUACUCGCUCACGUCAAGUUAUUUGCAUGGGUAUUCAAAGUUAUAACCCAUCCACUAAUCUUCGCGCGAUUGUAUUGGCUAAUGUUCGUCGAGUGGUGCAAAAUCACUGGACAGUUAUCACAAAAAAAACCCUUGUUUCUGAAGAUACUUGUCCUCCGAUUAUUUCCGUCGAAAAAAACAAAGCCAGCACAAAAAAGCCAGUUCAAGAGUUUUGCUUUUUCAUCUUUAUUACUUUACAUGGAAGAAAAGUGAUGCAGAGGCCAGUGGUAAUAACAUAAAAUAGCUGAUCUCAAAUGCAGUUCUGGAAAGUAAACAAAAGUAAACAAAAUUUCCAUUCAACGGACCGAGAUAUGAGAUUUAAUGGGAGGGUAAUAAUUAGUACCUCUUCUGGCUUGCUGGUAUGUCGGCUGAUAAUGUACCUUGGCAGAGAGACUGUCCGAAAAAUGAAUAUUUGGUCGAAAGCGAAACGUAGAGGGCAGCCGCGGAGAUUAUCAGCCGACAUACCAGCCGCUUGAAGGGGUUGAUUUACCAAGUACUGCUAACUAAAUCCAAUGAUUACGCUAACCUUGAAAUAGUGUUUAGGUAAUGUUCUGAAUUCCUUCUUUGACUGAACUGAAAAUCUUCAAGAGUUGAAUUUAAAUAAAAAUAAAAAAUUAAAAAUUAAAAAAAAAAAAACAGUAGGUAAAAUUUGAACAUCGGAAACUUAGAUCAACUGUGAAAUUGACCUGGAAGCCUUUGCAUAUGGGAUAAAUAUGAUGCUACAAGUUAAAAAGGAACGGGAGAGGAGUUUAAAAAUUGUGAAUUGAAGAAAAAUCGCAGGGUUGGGUCUUUACAUUUUCCUGGUUUUGCUUCAGGUGUUUCGAAAGGAUAAACUUCGUUCACGUUGAAAGUUUGGUUGAUUCUCACUUUACAGGCUAUCCCGUCGUUGUGGAGAGUGCAAUUUUAAUAUUUGCCGUGACUGUUUCAAGCAUUACCUCACCAGCCUGCACGAGCAUGCAUUGUUCAGAGCAUGCGCACUGGAUGUCUACCCAAAGUUCAGAGGUUGCUGGAGAUGUGAUAACUGCCGAUCUUUGUUUAGGAACCCAAAUGAAAACUGGCCGUGGCAUUGCCACAAAUGUGAAUACGAUCUCUGUGACCAAUGCAUUAGUGCCAAUCCCGGGAAAAAAACAGGUGAUAAGCGAGAUACCUUGUGAAACCCCGUUAGUAGAAAUGUCAUUUAAUUUCUUAUCUUUCUUAUCUCCUUAGACGAUAAAUGUCCAAACUGCUCUUUAGGUUCAGUGCAUAGUGAGAUAUAGAAAAAUUAAGGUCGUUAUGUGAUCAUCUGUUGUGGGACUAAAGUGCUAAACUUCUGCUGUGUGACAAGCACUGUACUUCAUUUGUUGUCCCGAUUUUAUCUUCCUACUCAUUCCUUUAGAGAAAGGAGAUCUGGUAAUCCAUCGGUUAACGGGCUGUAAUGACAUUGAAUAUUGGCCAUUUUAAGAACCAGCAAUGCAAAGGAUAAAAAUAAAGGAGAAAAUCACACGCGAGUAGAAGGAAAAGGCAGAAAAAAACGAUACACAAAUAACUGACAAACAGGGAAAAAAGUCUAAAGGAUUCCACAACGAUGCUUCGAUCUUCGAAAAUCCUUCUUUCCUUUUUUCAGUUAAUCAAAUUAAAUAAACUAUUUUCAUUUGUUUUUUAUCAGAUGCUGUGGACAAUGUAAAGGAAUUUGUCGCUCCACAUUUUUGUAGAGGCCUCACGUCGCUAGAAAAUUUCGUCCUGAUUCUGGAUUCAGCACCACUUGCGCGCCAUAUUAGUGUAACCGCUGCCCGGCGUAUGAUGCCUGGUCUUCUUGAGCUUGUAAAUAGUGCUCAUGAAGCCUUUUGUUUGGCUGAUUCUGCGAUAAACAAAAUUAAUAGUGAGCUGGAAAAUGACUUUCUGAGGGUUGUGGUACAGGAGAAAUCUACAGGCGAUCGUCUCGAUCAAACAAGACAAAGUUUGGCCAAAUUACAGGAAAACGUAAAAGUAUUACAGCAGGAGUAUAAUGAAGUGAAGCAGCAACUAUCCUACGAAGAGUCCAAACUGGAAUCAGCUCGAAAGUUUCAAAAAGAAAGGGAAAGAAAACUAAAAAAGGCUGAAAAAGGACGCAAAGAUGCAAGGCUCAAAGGUGCUUUUUUUGGAGGAUUCGUUCUUGGACCUUUAGGAGCCGUGGCUGGUCUCGCCAUAGCUGAUGCUGUUGAAAGCACCAAUGUUUCCAAUGCUGAACAAGCUGUUAAUGAAGCGUCAUCUCGCGUAACUGACAUUACAAAACGUGUCAAAGGCAAGGAAACAGAGCUUUCCAACCUGGAAAACGAGAAAGAACAAGAACAACAGAAAAUGAGACGGGAAAGCCAAGAGCUGGAAUCGCUGAAAGCCAGAAAGCAACAAAUAAAAGAAUCCCAGCGCCGAUUAGCAAAACUUAAUGAAUCCAUUAAAAGUUGCGCAACCCUCGUGAAUGUAACGACAACACGAGCAAAACUGAUGGCAGAUGAAGCAAAUGGGGAGUUACCAGAUAUUGAAGCAAUGAUGCCUCCCUUGAAGGCCGUCGCUGAAGAUCUCUCUGAUGCAGCACUCAGUGACUGCAAGCUUUUGUCUGGAGGGUUAAACAUGAAACAAAUUGGUUAUAAGAUUCAAGCGAUAACUUCAAAAGCAUUAAAAAGCCCCACAUCAGAUGACCUGUACCUGAGGGCCUGAUAAGAGUGACUAAGGAGGAUGCGAGAAACGUUUACAGUAAUAGAAUUGAACAGUCGUGCAACUGCUGAAAUGUUUCCUCUCAACUCGUAGUUUAUUUAACUUUACCUUGCGUUAAAAUGCAUUUUAGCCCAUGUUUCUUAGGACGUAGCACAUAGUUUAAAAAGAGAAAUGUUUCCUCCCUUCUUGUUGUGGAAUUUUAUUUCAUAAAACAAAGCAAGGUCUUAGCAAGCAAGGUGCUUCAAAAGCAGCGCGGAGUUUUAUUAGUAACGGUGUGUGUAACCAUUCAACAUCUUUUUCCAGCUGAACCUGUCUUCAACUCUGAUUUUAGAGACCUUCUAAGCAAGUGCUAACGGAGAAAGACAAUAUACUUUUUAUUUAAUGAAAAAAAAAAUGCAUCCUCGUUACUGGGUUAGGUUAACCAAUUUCAAUAUUUCUCCUUUUGUGUCUUAAAUUGAUCGCUAGGAGUUGCAGAGGGAUUUUAAGGUAGGGCAGUCGUCAACGAUAACCUGUCAAGGUCAAAUGGAUUUUACGUUUUUCCGAAGCCUGAAAAUGUUUCAGCUGAGUCAACUUCUUCUGAGAUUUUUAAUCAAAUUUAUACAAACCGUUUGUCUGUGUACCUGGUGGCAACAAAACCAGUUUGAAAUGAUCACGCAUUUUUUAUUGGGAUUUUCGUUCAAAAGUAGCAGCACCUCGUAAAUGGUGAUCGAUUGCUUUGAAUUUGACAUAUCUCAUUCUGUAAAAAGUAUUGCUCCGUUUUAUUUUAC